AUGUCUGAGAAUGCGGAAAAAGUGAAAACUAUCCGCGCUUAUUAUAAAUUAUGCCAGAAGCCCGAGAAUCGCGCGAUUGUGCUCAAAGAUAAAAUGUUUGCCAACACACUUCCCUCGCUAUUAUCCGAUGAGAGUCCUGAUGUAAUUCGAUACGUCGUGAAGAUUCUACUGCUGCUCACUGAGCAGGCUGACGACACCGCCGUCCUUCUCAAAUCCAACAAACUAAUGGAUGCGUUGUCGGCGGCGUGCGAGAAAAUCACCUCGCCUAGCGUUAAUUAUAACCUGAUGCUCGUUUCAAGUCGACUCCGAGCUGUUGAGAACUCGCUGAAGGCCAAAGAAGAAGCGGCGGCGCUCGAGCCGCUUGUCAGCGCUGUCAAGGAGCUGGACAAGGGUGCAACAGCACACAGGAAGUUUGUCGGACGAAAAUCGAAGCAACUCGUGUUUGAAUUCGAUUCGGAUGAAUUUAAUGAGUCCCGAAAACGCGACUUGGAACGCGCGUUACUUCAAAAGAAAGGAAUUAUCAGUGUAUAUUUGACGGAUAUGGCUCAACAUCCGCGAGCUGUGCUCAGAGCAUCGCCAAACAUUGAGCCGAAGGAGGUCGCACAGCUCAUUUUCUCAUGCGGAUGUGAGUAUGUUGCUCAAAUUGUGAAAAUUGAAGGAGUCGAGCAGAAAUUCGAAAUGUACGCUAGCGAUUUUGAGCAAAAGUACAAAACCGUCGACUAUCCGGAUUAUCUCGACGACGACGUGCUUAAUGUGGAUCCGGCGAGUUGUGUGAUAACGAAUGAGAUGGCCCAAUCGGCAUCAGGAGGCGGCACCAAAGGCGGAUGGUUCACUUCAAUCUCAUCGUUCGUCCGAAUCUGGUGA